ACAUCUUUUAUCUUUUUGACAUUUGGAAAAAAAAUUUAGUCCAAUUUUUUUAUGCUUGUCUACGUUGUAAUUAUUUAGGACAUCUUACAAAAUUUUAAGAAAUUUUAAAAAAUUUUAACAAGCCGAAAAUAUGGUUCCAAACAGUCUAUUUCAUACGCUUAAAAAAUAAAAAAUUCUUGCGUGUAACAGAUUGUUUGAAUCCUGUUUUUGGCAUGCUAAUUUUUUUAAAUCACUAAAUUUUUUACAAAAUAUCUUAAAUAAAUACAACGUAAACAACUAUAAAUUCUGACACACAUAAAGGUUGUUGGUCCAUUAAGUGAACCCCUUUUAGGAGGUGCCCUAUAAAAGUAUCCUAUAUAUAAGAAUUUAUUGAAGAUGUAAAGAAGACAAAGGUAUCAUUAGGAAGAAAAUGUGUAUCCAAACUUUGAAGAAUAAAGAAGGCAACAGAUCAGGAUUUUGGACAGCAGAAGAAGACCAAAAACUUGCUCAAGUUAUUCAACUUCAUGGCCCAACCAAGUGGCAAUCUCUUGCUAUCAAUGCAGGUUUGAAUAGAAGUGGAAAAAGUUGUAGAUUGAGAUGGAUGAAUUAUCUUAGACCUAAUAUUAAAAGAGGCAAUAUUUCUGACCAAGAAGAGGACUUAAUACUUAGGCUUCAUAAACUCUUGGGAAAUAGGUGGUCACUAAUUGCUGGAAGAUUACCUGGUCGAACUGACAACGAAAUAAAAAAUUACUGGAAUUCUCAUUUAAGCAAAAAAAUAAUGAAGCAAAAUAAAGAGAAACAAACUAAGAAGAAGAAGAAAUUGGUUCAAGAGAUGAUCAAAGAGGUUGAUCAUAAUUAUCAUAAUGAUUAUAAUCAUAAUCAUAAUGGUUAUUAUGAUAAUGAUAUUGGGUGCUCAAAAAGGAAUGAGAUUAUUAGUAUUUUUGAUCAAGAUAAUUAUUACCUUAACUCAACUUUAUGGGAUGAGCCUUUGAAUUUGGUGUGGAUGAGUAAUUUUCUAGAGGUUGAUGAGACUAAUAAUAAUUAAUUUGUUUUAUUGAUUCACUUAACAUUUUAUUCUCUUAUAGGGUUUUACUUCUUUUUGUAUGAUAUCUAAGGUCUUUAUAUAUAUAAAUAUAAAUAUAUGUAGAUGGGGGUCAUUUUUAGAUCUUUCUUUCUCGUUAAAAUCCCAAAAUUUUUGAGCUUGUAUUAUGUUAGGGUUUUGGGUCUACAAUGUGUAAUUAAUCUAUGAAUUAAUAAGUGGAUUUUUGUG